UUCAGUAACUAAAAUAAUUCUUAUUCUGUCAGUAAAAAAGAAAUUAUAUUGAAGAUGCUGCUUUGGCACAGCGCCACUCACUAGACCAAGUGUCAAAUAGCUACAUGAAAGAGUGUGGUUCUAUGCUCUUGAAGAGUCAUGACUGUAUAACCAAUUUAUCUCCAACUUCAAGAACAGGUAGUCAUGGAACUUUAUGGUUGUGGGAUUUAAGAAAAUCUUGUGCUUCUCCUGCCUGUUUCUUUAUUUCAUGGGAAAAAAAAAAAUACGAAAAAAAAUAAAGCUCUCAGUUGGCUGAAGACUAACUAGGAGGUUCUGCUGGGUAAAGCUUGAGGUCUGUCAGUUUUAAGUAUACUCAGGUAGAAUAUUGAUACUGAACUGUCUCUCACACCUGAGCAAUUAGGAGGCAAGAACUAUGAAAGCUGUGUCUUUGCAUUCAGAAAGGAUUUGAGAAUCACAGAAAAAUUGAGGUUUGAAGGGAUGUCUGGAUGUCACCUGGUCCUAUUCACCUGCUCAAGCAGAGAACAAGAGCACUAAAAAAACCAGAACGAACCUUAAGGAGAAAAAGACCACGCUGGCUUCUCUAAAAGCAAUCAUUAUAAGGUGACUCUUGCAACAUAGUACUUUAGAUAACCAAAAUACUGAGAUACAUAUGAUUUUUUUCAUAUAACAACAUAAAAAUGUUUUGUGCUUGAGAAGUUAAACAUCUUCUUAAGCUUUGUAUGCACAUUUAAAUCAUUGAUUUCUUACAUAUCAUCCUCCCAAGCUGAAAAGAUCUUCUGUAUCAAUUCUCCGCAGUUGCAUUUAACACCCAUGUUAUCUCAUCUCUCUCUUUGAGGCUCUGCAGCACAGCAGUCUGUAAUAUUUUGCUCCUUUUUACUGCACACAGGUAGCAGACGCAGCAUUUGUGAACAGGGAAGUGCCUGGCUCAAAAACACAAGUCUGAAAAAGUUGAGGGAGAAGGAAGGAGAUGCCUUAUCUGUCAGACACACAGCCUGCUGGUAGCUCACACACUCAUUUUUUUCAGUGGAUCAGCCAGGCUUCCAGCCUCCUCCUGUGUUUAAAGUAUGGUACACGCAUCUGUUUCAGCAGAGACACAGUUUCCGUUUGUUCUGUUUAUUUACAUGAUGUUUAGAAAAUGUAAAUGUUUGUAAACAUUCAUGCGUAUUUUGUAAAACUGUAUCUUUUAAACACAUUUAUAAACACCGCUGUACAUCACGGACUGCGCCCUAACGUAGCGGCUGCCGCGAGAAGCGAGCAGUGACCCCCACUGCUUCCCUGCAGCCGCGGCCUCAGAAGAGUCAACGGCUCCCGGAGGGGCGGGGCCUGGCCUCCUGUUAUUCCUCCUGCGGGCGUCCGCCGCUCGCCUGGUCCGGCUGCCUCGCGAGGCUUCUUGGGAGUUGAAGUUCUCUGUUCUUCCUUCCCCAAGGCCGAACUGCAACUCGAGGACUACGUAUCCCAUAGCAGCCUCGCGGGCUGCUCAGGCUCCCGGAAGGCGGCUCUGCCCGCCGGUAUCAAGGCGGCUAGUUCAAGUUGCCAUAGCGGCGAGGUUUCAAGAUACUGAUGGCAGAUUCAUCCAGUGAUUCAGACAACUUUUUUAGGGCUCAAAUAGGAAGAUGGCCACCUUUGAGGAGGGCAUCCCAGAACAGAGCUUGGAACAAUGGUGCUGAAGAAGUUACAGAAAAGAUUCAUACGUUAGCAAGCACUUUACAGGAUACCAACAGAAACCUGAGACACGUUGAUCACUUGCUGGGGCAAUACAGAGAAUACAACAAGGAACAAACAGAAGCAAUAGCAACUUUAAAAGAAACGUUGGAACAGUCUAUAGGUCAGUUAAAGAGUCAACGACUAACCCGAAAUUCUGGAAUGAGAAGUGCUUCUCUCUCAAGUUUAUACCCUAGUGAUUUGGAUGGAGAAACUGUGUCAGGGAUCAACCACUUUGUACCUACUUCUCCUCUCAGGGAUUAUGGAGACUCACAGGGCAAUAGACAUCGAAGGUCUAGAUCUGCAAGCGUUCGAUUUGUCAAUGAGACUGAUAAUUUGAAUCAGCUGCAUUCUUUCCACCAGUCUCUUCGCGAUAUCAGUAGUGAACAAGUUCGUCUCGGAGAUGACAUCAGUCGGGAGCUUUCAAGAAGAGAUAGGGCUGAUGCAGAAAUGAGAGAGACUCUAGCGGCAUUGUCUGAAAAGCUCUUGGAGUCCCAAAAACAAGAAACGGUAUCAGCACGUGUAGAGAGAAGACUUCAGGAGAUAGAACAAGAAAUGCGUGCUGAAAGACAGCUUGUAGAAAGGCGCCAGGACCAACUGGGACAGAUGUCUGUUCAAUUACAAGAGGCUUUAAAGAAGCAGAAUGCAAAAGCAAUGGAAACAGAAGAACUUGUGAAAAAUAAAGUUGUGAAAUAUGAAAGUGAAAAGAAACAACUUGAGCAAGAAUUGGAGAAGUCCCAGAAAAAGCUGAAUCAAUCAGAAAGCAAUAGAGAAGCUCUUUUGCAUCAGAUUGAAGAACUUCGUUCCCAACUUUUGAGAGCAGAAGAAGAUCGUGCAGAUUUGCAGCGUCAGAUUUCAAGUGUGGUUAUGCACCAUCAGAGCUCCCAGGAUGUGCGAGAAGAUGAAAGGAGAAUUAGAACAGUAGCUGAAAGAUAUGAGAGAGAAAAGCAAGAACUGGAGAAACAUAUUUUGGAGCUUAAAGCAAAACUGACUCACAACACAGCAAUGUCAGAGGUAGAAGAGCUAAAGAGAUGCAUAGAGCAUAAGGACAAGGAGAAAGCACAGCUUGUAUUGCACAUAGAGGCGUUAACAUCUGACCUGGAAAACAGGAAGAAGCAGCAGCAAAAAAUGCUAGACCAGCUAAAAGAGAUAGAGAGUUGCUACAAGGCUAGUGAGAAUGGACGUAGGCAAACAGAACUCCAGUCUGCUGAAUUAGCUCAUCAAGUUGAAGAGAGUACCAAGGAAGCAGAACGGUACCUUACUGAAUUCAAGCAUUCAGAGGCACUCAGGCUGGAAACCGAGAAAAGAAGAGAAGAUUUGAAGGUGAGAGCACAGGAAAGCAUCCGACAAUGGAAACUGAAGUGUAAGAAACUGGAUCGUGAGAUGGAAAAACAAAAUGAAGCUAUAAGUGAACUGAUGGAUAAAAAUAAUCAGGUCCUCAAGGAAAAAGAUGACCUCAGAAAUCAACUUCUCUCUGCUAUACACCAAAUAGAAAACCUUCAGAAAGAGUUGAAUGAUGUGCUUACAAAAAGAGCCCAGCAGGAAGAACAACUUCACUGCAAAGAGGUAAAACUAAAUGAAAUGAAGUCUCAACAAAUAUCUCUGGAAGAAGAGAUAAAAGAAGUUCGAGGUACUGUAAAUAAAUUAGAGAAUGAGUUGAAAAAGCAAAUCUUUCUACAAAAUCAGAUGCAAGCUGAAAAGGAACAUUUGGAACAAGAACUUGCAAGUAGUAACUCAAUUCAUGAAAAAGACCGGGAAAGACUCUUAGAAAUGCAAGCAGAUGUAAAAAAUCUGAGUGCUGUGCGUGUGGAGCUUACAAACAGAAUAGCAGAAGAAGAAAAAAUCAAAAAGGAAUUACGUAAGAGCCUCUCAGAACUCCAGAAGCAUCAGGAAUCUAAGCAUGAAGAGAUGACUUCAGCUAAUAAACAGUUGAAGAUGGAAAGAGAAGUUCACCAACAGGAGUUAGCAGAUCUUCGAUUAGAAUUACAUAAUGCUAAAAUCAAACAUGAACGAAACAUUCAAGAGCUUACAAAACUCCUUAAACAAGAAAAGGAUGAUGCAGACUCUCAAAUCAGAAUGCUAAAGAUGGAACUUGUAGAACAGAAGAGCAUAGUCAAAACUCAGAGUCAACAACUGGAGAAGAUAAAAAUAGAAUGUGAUAAAUUGACAAAAGAAUUAACCCAGUGUGGAGAAGAAAAUACAGAACUCAAGCAAAAAUUUGAGUUUGUAAAACAAGAACUAGAGAAAAAGGAUAAACAGAUCAGCGAUGAAGAAGAUCAUUUGAGAAGGAUGGACAAGGCAAGACUGCAAUUUAAGGUUCAGCUGCAUCAUUUAGAAAUGGAAAAGGAAUCCAUUCUCACCAUGAUAGGAACUGAAAUUGAUGCUGCUUGUGAGAUUUUUUCUCGGGAUUCUAUGGAGAAAUUCAAAGCAAUAUCACUUACACCGACAGUGCUGAAUGAUCCUCAUCGCUGGUUAGCAGAGACAAAGACUAAGCUGCAGUGGCUGCGCGAGGAGGUGAAGGAGAGAGAAAGUAAAGAAAAAAAGCUGCGACGCUACUUGCUUCAGAGCCAACAACAUCUCAAGCACUUUACACAGCUGAAGGAGUCUGAACAUCAGUCUCUCUUCAAAAAGAUAAAAAAGCAAGAACAACUUUUGGAAGAAGUUCACAGAGAGAGGAGAGGUACACUGCUAGUUGUCUUUUUGUUAAAAGGAUGACAGAUUUAAGAAAGGUACCAGUUAUUAUUCCUGUGCAUUCAGAUGUAAUAACUAGUUGAUAAAAUACAAACCCUUCUGUAUUGCCAAAUGGAGUAAGACAAGCUUUGAUCCCAAUUGAGUGACGUUAUAUAUAGAAUAUUACAUAUAGUUUUCCUCCUCUUUUGGCUUGUAAUUUUUACUCUGGAGCAUGAUGGGAUUGGUGGUAGCAUCUGCACCAUCGGUGUUUAUUGUGAAAGGAAAACAGUAAUCUAAUUUUACUGAUCACUGCAAAUUUCUGAUGAGGAUGGAUCUCACUAUCUCAAGCCAAGUGCCAGUUUUAAGUCUCAAUUCCAGUACCUGUAGCUUUCUAUUUUAUAGUUUUCUUGGAGAUUGACUUUGAGCAGUAUGCUUUUAGGAGUAGAUAAACAUACUUUCAGCAUGAACUCCUUUCUUGAGGUGAGUGCUUCAUGAAAGUAAGGAGAUCUUAUUCUUUCAUCAUCCUGCUUUUCAUAUACCUGCAAGCUCACUUACACUUCUAAGUUAAUGAAACAUAUUUAUUCAAUGAAGAGUAUUUUAAUAAUAAAACCAGAAUAUCAUAGCAAACUCAGAACAUAAAUUUUGUACAGUACACCUUUGUUUUCAUCUUCAAAAAUGGUUUAUUUCACUGCCAGAAUACUUUGGUAGUUAUGAAGAAUGUAAAAGUUGAUCUUUGUUAUACCAAGACUUAGGUGAAAUGUAAAAUUCUGCAAAAGCAGUCUUGGUCAAUAAUAAUCCAUAUAUUGCUGAGUUGAGUUCGUAGAUUUUAUAGACACUUCCUCAUUUCUGAAGGUUUUUCUAAAGAUAUUUGUUAUUUACUGUCAUGACUGCUUUUGAAAGAGAACUCCAUGUCUUCAUUUUUAUCAGGAACCUGGAAAAUUAACUAGAAAUUGUAUGCAUAUUCAUACAUCAUGGAUCUUGGAAACACCAGAAUCAACCAUUAAGAAUGCAUGCUCCCAUAGGAAGUUCAGGAAAGAACUUAUCACUCUCUACAACCACAUGACAGAAAGUUAUAGCAAAGUGGAAUUCAGCCUUGAGGUCAUUCACUCUAGUUUUCUUGCUAGUUACAAAACAGAAGAGGCCAAAUCCCACCUUGUCACAACCUCCUUUAAGGUAGUUGUAGAGAACAGUAAGGUCUACCCGAAGCCUCCUCUUCUCUAGACUAAACAAUUCCAGUUCCCUCAGCUGCUCCUCAUAAGGCUUGUGCUACAGAACCCUCACCAGCUUUGUUGCCUUCGUUAUCUCAAGGCCUGUGCUGAACAUUUAGAGAAUACUAAAUAUUUCAUGUGUGUGCGUGUGUAUACUUGCUCUCCUUUUCUAAGGUACUAUCCCAGCAGAGGUGCAAGUCUCAUAAGGAAUCAGAAAAAUGUGGAUAGUUUGGAGCUAGGAGGAAAAUGAUUAAAGAGGAAAAUGAUUAAAGAAAAAAAGAGGUGGUCUCCAUAAAGAAAAAGAAUGCAAACAGCGAACCCAAUGCCUGAGAAAACAUGCUAAUUGACACAGGUUUCUGGGAUUAGAAUUUCCAUAUUGGAAAAGAUUCUUUUUUUCUUGUUUUCUUUUAAAACUUUGUUCUGGCCUUUAGUCAGAACUCAGUA